UUUUACCACGUGGGAAGAUUUUUUUUUACGUCUUGGAGCAUAACAACCGCAGAGAGCUUGGCGUGUCACAGGGACCAUGAGAGAACUUUUACUGAUUGUAUUCAAUACCGAAGUCCACGGAGCAGCCGCUAAGGUCUGACUCGUACAGCUCCGCUUUCUAGACCAUGCCCCACGAUCCCGAUCCUCCUCCGGCCAAAAAAUUCAAGCCGGGGUCUGUUCUUUUCAGUCUCAACCAGAAGAAGCCUGGAAUGCUGCUGCCGAGAAAAGGAAAUGCAUCCACGCCUAUAGAUGUCCAAAGAAAACAGCUGCCAAUUUACCAGGCUAAACCUCAGCUACUCAACCAACUGAGACAGCUCAACAAUGCCAUUCUGAUUGGUGAGACCGGUUCUGGAAAAACUACCCAGAUUCCCCAGUACUUAUACGAGGCUGGCAUUGGGCGUCAGGGCAUCAUUGCCAUCACUCAACCUCGGAGAGUUGCUGCCAUUUCACUGGCGGGUAGGGUGGCGGAAGAGAAGAGGACUCAACUCGGCAAACUGGUUGGUUACACUGUCCGCUUCGAAGAUGUUACAUCAUUUGAGACCAAGAUAAAAUUCAUGACUGAUGGCAUGCUACUUCGUGAAGCCAUUGGAGAUCCCUUACUUCUGCGUUACACAAUAGUGGUUUUGGAUGAGGCUCAUGAGCGCACAGUGCACACUGAUGUAUUAUUUGGUGUUGUCAAGACUGCUCAGAGACGGCGCAAAGAGUUAAACAAGAUCCCACUAAAGGUCUUAGUAAUGUCAGCUACAAUGGAUGUGGAUUUAUUUUCGGAAUACUUUAACAAAUCUCCUGUGCUGUACCUGGAAGGAAGACAACAUCCCAUUCAGAUCUACUACACAAAACAACCCCAGUCAGACUAUCUCCAGGCGGCACUGGUCACCAUCUUCCAGAUACAUCAGGAAGCACCGCAGUCCCAAGACAUUUUAGUUUUUAUGACAGGCCAAGAAGAGAUCGAGGCACUUGCAAGAACAUGCAGAGACAUUGCCAAGCACCUUCCUGACAGUUGUAGUCCUAUGGUUGUUAUCCCUCUUUAUGCAUCACUGCCUCCAGUGCAGCAGCUCCGAGUUUUCCAGCCUGCUCCCAAGGGAAGUAGGAAGGUUAUUCUCUCAACAAACAUUGCUGAGACAUCUGUUACAAUCUCUGGCAUCAAAUAUGUUAUAGACACUGGCAUGGUGAAGGCAAAACGCUUCAAUCCUGAGAGUGGUCUGGAGGUGUUGGCUGUGCAGCGGGUUUCUAAAGCUCAGGCAUGGCAGCGGGCAGGACGCGCUGGCAGAGAGGACUCUGGCUUCUGCUACCGUCUUUACACUGAGGAUGAAUUUGAUAAUCUCAUCCCUAUGACCGUGCCUGAGAUACAAAGGUGCAACUUGGCCGGGGUAAUGCUACAGCUAAUGGCUUUGGGGAUUCCAGAUGUGAUGAAUUUUGAUUUCAUGUCUAAACCUUCUCCAGAGGCUGUGUGUUCUGCAGUGGAGCACUUGGAGCUGUUGGGGGCAGUAGAGAAGAAGGAUGGACAAGUUGUUCUCACUGCACUGGGGAAGAAAAUGGCCAGCUUUCCUCUAGAGCCAAGAUAUGCAAAAACAAUCCUCCUCUCUCCAGAGUUCUCCUGUUCAGAGGAGGUCAUCAGUAUUGUGUCUCUGCUGUCUGUGGACACUGUGCUGUACAACCCUCCUGCUCGUAGGGAUGAGGUCCUGGCUGCUCGGAAGAAGUUCACCUCUAGUGAAGGAGAUCACAUGACUUUACUCAAUAUUUAUAGGGCCUUCAAGAAAGUCAGUGGCAAUAAGGACUGGUGUCGGGAGAACUUUGUCAACAGCAGAAACAUGAGUCUAGUAAAAGAAGUCCAAGCACAGCUCAAAGAAAUAUGCCUUAAGCUAAAUUUGAAGUUGGUGUCCUGUGGGGCAGACACAGGAAGUGUUCGCCGGUGUCUUGCACAUGGCAUGUUUGUAAACACAGCAGAGCUGCAGCCAGAUGGGACCUAUUUAGCACUGGACACCCAUCAGCCUGUAGCUAUUCACCCUUCUUCAGUCCUGUUCCAGGCAAAGCCAGCCUACGUGGUGUUCAAUGAGCUGCUGCACACUUCUCGCUGCUACAUGAGGGACCUGUGUUUGGUGGAUGCUGAUUGGCUUUUGGAUGCAGCACCAGAAUACUUUGGACGUAAACUCCAUCUCUCUAAAAGUUAACCUCUAAUAACACAAGGACACAGAGAAAUGGAGGAUGGAUAAAGAGACACUGGUUUUCAAUAAAACUAUUAUUAGAGCUGUCAUUAAUUGAUUUUUUUCCCCUCAAAAAAAAAAAAAAAAUUACUACCUCCAAGUGAUUGGAAUCUGGAAUGUGUGACUGCAACAGUCCUCACAACUUAAUAUAGUGCUUUUAUUCUCCCUUGUGUCAUGUGACAGAUUUUUUACUUCAAAGAUUCUUCACACAGCCAUGUGUAAAGCUGAAAUAUUUCAAUAGUUUUUAGUGAUUUUCAUAUGGAAGUGAAGAAAUGUGAGUAAAGUGGCAAAAGACACUGGCCAUCCAAAAAGGUUAAGUUGCAUGCUGUAUCCUACAACCAACAGUCUGAUUGUGUACAUUAUGCACAUGCCUCACACAUCAUUCUGUCUUCAUGCUAGUCUGAAGACGUCGCUUGCCUUUUUCUGCAGAUGAUAGUCUUUGCUGUUUACAUACUGUACAUAACACAGAUUAUAGUUCUGCACUGAAGAAGCAUUGGUGUAUUCUUAUGGAUGCAAUGCAUGAAUAUUGUAGUUGAUCUGAUUAAGGUCUUUCACACUUUAUGGAAUGUACUCAGGAUUGUAUAAUAUGAGGUAUAACACAGCAUUUCUAUUUUUCAAAAUACCAAAAAUUAAAUUGUAGAGAUUUUGUAGAAUUACCAAAUGUAAUAUGAAUGUUCUUAAGAGAUGUGUGGUUUGAGAAUAUAUUGCAUACAUUUAAUUUACUGGCAGGAAAUCCUAAGAUAUGCAUGAAUUGUGCCAAACUGUGGCCCAAUACUUUUAUAGUGUAACAUUUUGGGGCACAUAACUAAGUUGUUGCAGUUUUAACAAAUGCUACAAAUGCAAACACAUUGUAAUAUAAUCACAACCAUGAACUAAUUAAAUGCACUAAACACA